GCCUUUUAGAGUUCGCAUUGGUCUGAGGACUCCUGCGUCAGGAAUGUGGGGCGGAAGUUGCUGGGAGGGGAAUGGCGGUGUUUAAUUUGGGCCUGGGUACAUGGAGUUGGUGUCAAUGGAGGAUCAGGACUCCAGGGUCCCAGCCCUGGAACCAUUCAGGGUGGAGCAGGCACCACCUGUAAUCUACUAUGUCCCUGACUUCAUCUCCAAGGAAGAGGAGGAGUAUUUGCUUCGACAGGUCUUCAAUGCCCCAAAGCCAAAGUGGACCCAGCUCUCUGGGAGGAAGUUACAGAACUGGGGUGGGCUCCCCCACCCCCGGGGGAUGGUUCCUGAGCGGCUGCCCCCGUGGCUCCAGCGCUGUGUGGACAAAGUAUCUGACCUCAGCCUUUUUGGGAAUCUCCCAGCCAACCACGUCCUUGUGAACCAUUAUCUACCCGGGGAGGGUAUCAUGCCCCACGAGGAUGGGCCACUGUACUACCCGACUGUCAGCACCAUCAGCCUGGGCUCCCACACCAUGUUGGACCUCUACGAGCCGCGGCAGCCAAAGGAUGAUGACCCUACAGAGCAGCCUUUGCCCCUGGGGAUUCUGUUCCUCGCUGAUCUUCAACUCGCCCUGCAGCCCCGUACCCCGCCCGGGCCGGCCACCUCGCUGCUGCUCGAGCCGCGCAGCUUGCUGGUGCUCCGUGGCAGCGCCUACACGCGCCUCCUCCACGGCAUCGCAGCUGCCCGCGUAGACGCGCUCGACGCCGCCUCCCUGCCGCCCAACGCCGCCGCCUGCCCCUUGGCGCGGCCCGGAGCCCGCCUGGUCCGCGGCACCCGCGUCUCGCUGACCAUCCGCCGCGUGCCCCGCGUGCUGCGCGCCGGCCUCCUGCUCAGCAAGUGACCUGGGGCAGAGGCAGCGCCCCAGCAUUGUUUUCCCAGUAACUUUGUGGGAACUACAGGACGAAGCCUCAUUUAAAAUAAACCAACACAAAUCUUU